GAUUUGCACCUACUACUCUAUAACCCCGUAUCCUUAUAAUUAGUCCUUCUUUUACUUUCUUUUAAGUCCUCAGAGAUUUCAAGUUUUCAACCAUGAUCAGUGCAAAAAGGAUUAUUAAAAUGGCAAGAAAGUGGCAGCAAAUGGCAGCUGGAAACCGCAAGAGAAUUUCAUACCCAAGACACGAAGUGAGUAUGCAUUCUUCAGCAGCAAACAAGGGCCACUUCGUUGUUUACAGCAUCGAUCAUAAGCGAUUUGUGGUUCCCCUCAAGUAUCUUAGCACCAACAUCUUCAGGGAGCUUCUCAAAUGGUCAGAGGAAGAGUUUGGUUUACCAGCCAAUAGACCAAUUAUGUUACCUUGUGAAAGUGUGUUCUUGGACUAUGUAAUCUCGUUAGUUCGAGAAAGCAUCCCCGAAGAUGUGGAGAAGGCUUUGACCACUUUCGUGGCUGCAUGUCACAACGAGGCAUCAUCUUCUAAUUAUGGUCUUAGGCAAAGCAACGUACAAACAAUUAUUUAUGGAUUUUGAAGAGAUUUUUUGAUACUUGUGUAUGCAAAAUUACAAAUAUAGAUUACAGAGCCUCUACAACAUAUUCUGAUGCUUCAAAACAAGAAUUGUAAUUAAAUAU